AUGGCGGCGGGGGAGCCCGGGGAGGCGACGGUGCGCGCGUUCCUGACCAAGGUGCUGUGCGCGCACGGCGGGCGGCUGCUGCUGGCGGAGCUGCGCGGGCACGUGGAGCUGCCGGAGGCGCGUCUGCGCGCGGUGCUGCGGCGCGCGGGCCCCGAGCGCUUCCUGCUGCACGACGUGGCGCGCCGGCCGGGGCCGUGGGACGCGCAGGCCGAGGUGGCGGCGGGCGAGGGCGCGGGCGCGGGCGCGGGGCCCCGCGACGUCCGGGUGCUGGCCGUGUCCUCGGCGCGCCUGUGCGCCCGCUACCAGCGCGGCGACUGCGCCGCCUGCGACCAGCUGCACCUCUGCCGCCGCCACAUGCUGGGCAAGUGCCCCAACCGCGACUGCUGGUCCACCUGCACGCUCUCCCACGACAUCCACACGCCCGUCAACAUCCAGGCCCUGAAGCAUCACGGGAUUUUUGGCCUCAAUGAGGCUCAGCUUCGCAUCUUGCUUCUGCAGAACGACCCUUGCCUCUUACCUGAGGUCUGCUUGCUCUACAACAAAGGCGAGGCCCCACACGGCUACUGCGGCCUCCGGGAGCAGUGCACCAAGUUCCACGUGUGCAAGUCCUUCGUGCGGGGCGAGUGCAGGCUCCCGGCGUGCCGCCGCUCGCACCAGCUCAUCCACGCCGCCUCCCUGAAGCUGCUGCAGGACCAGGGCCUGGACGCGCUCAGCGUGGUCAACUUCCAGAUCAUCUCGGCCUACAGGCACGGCAAGCUGCACGAGACGCUGGGGAACGGAGGAGAUACUUCGGCUGCUUCUGCAGAUCCCCCGCAGGUCCUGCCGGGAGGUCCUGGGGCCAGGGCCGCCCCUGCGCAGCCCACCAAGGAGUCGCUGGCAGGCAGCCCGGUGCGACGCCAGUGAGCGAGAAGCAGCGUGCCCGGCCGAAGGGGCACACGCAUAGCAGGGCCCGAGCCGGGUGCCCAGCCUGGCCUUGCCCCCUUGGUGUGGGGACGGAAGGUGGGGAAGGAGGAAGUAGCCGAUGGCAGGACAGGAUGAACUUGGGGCUGGGUGGGGGGUGGCGUUGGGGGUGGAACGUCUGUGGGGUCAGGCCAGGUCACAGACCCGAGAACCGCCCCCGUCCGGCCCACAGGAGGCGCACGUCUGUCCGUUAGCUGCAUCAGUGGGCUGGUGUGUUUCUGUGCCCAGUGUAUGUUGCCGUGUUCAUAGAGGCCGUGCCCGUGCCACUGAGAAAACAGCCUCUCCACGUCUGUUCACAUAUAUGAAGGGUGGCCACGUGAUGCUCGUUUUUCCAGUUACGGAAUCAUGAUCCCUCACCUGUGAUUGUUCAGUUCUUUGGAACAAAUUUUUUUUUUUUGCUUUUUGGGCCACACCCGGCAUUGCACAGGGGUUACUCCUGGUUCAUGCACUCAGGAAUUACUCCUGGCGGUGCUCAGGGGACACCCUAAGGGAUGCUGGGAAUCAAACCCAGGUUGGCCGCGUGCAAGGCAGACGCCCUACCCACUGUGCUGCCGCUCCAGCCCCUGGAACAAAUUUUAAAUGCAGUUGUUUUGUGUGUGUGUGUGUAUGUGUGUGUGUGUGUGUGUGUGUGUGUGUGUGUGUGUGUGUGUGUGUGUGUGGUGCCUGGGAUUGAACCUGGGGCCUGAUAGAUGCAAGGUAUGUAUCUGCCGCUGAGCUGUGUUCUUGGCCAGACCUCUUCUUAAAAUUGCCUUGCUUGAGGAUGACCUGGGUUCCAUCCCAAGCAUCAAUAAGAGGUUCCCCUGAGCACAGCCAGGGUGAUCUGUGAACACAGAGCCAUAGUACGCCCAGAGCACUGUGAGUAUGGCCUAAAUCUCCCCUUUCACAAUUAAAAAAAUCUGAUGGUAGGGGCAGAAGAGACAGUUCAGCGGGCAGGGCCUCUUGCCGUGAACACACCCACUCGGUCUGGUCCCUCGUAACCCAGAUGGUCCCCGAAACACGACCACAAGUGCUCUUGGAGUACAGAGCCAGUGACCCAGAAAAACAGAACAGAAACAUUGACAUGAUACUGAAUUGGGGCUUUGGGUUUUGGGCCAUACCUGGCUGUGUCUGGGGACCGUGUGGUAGAAGGCAUUGAACCUGAGCCUCGUGCAAGCAAAGCUUGCGCCCAGCCCGUUGAGCUGUCUCUCCGGCCGUGAAUUUAUUAUUAUUGUUAUGACUGUUUGGGCGUUUGCUUUUCACUCGGCCGACCCGAGUUCGAUUCCUCCGCCCCUCUCGGAAAGCCCGGCAAGCUACUGAGAGUAUGGAGCCCGCACGGCAGAGCCUGGCAAGCUACCCGUGCGUAUUGGAUAUGCCAAAAACAGUAACAAUAAGUCUCAAUGAGAGACGUUACUGGUGCCUGCUCGAACAAAAUCGCUGAGCAACGGGAUGACAGUGAUGAUUAGUUUAAUUUCAGUUUUGGGCCAUGCCUGGUGGUGCUUCUGGACUUAUGCUCAGAGGUUUCUCCUGGCAUUGCUCAGGGCGCGCUCUGCAGUACUUAAGGUCAAACUGGGGUCAGCCGCAUGCAGAGGAAGCGCUCUAACCCCUGCACUCUUUCUCUGGCCCCUGGUCCUGACUUCUUUAAAUCAUCUUUUACUUUGAUUUUUAUAUAGGUGCUAAAUGGUCCUCUCUUCUGAAGGUAGCACUGUAACGCUGUCAUCCCACUGUUCACCGAUUUGCUCGAGUGGGCACCAGUAACAUCUCUAUUGUGAGACUCGUUGUUACUGUUUUUGGCAUAUUGAAUGCACCAUGGGGAGCUUGCCAGGCUCUGCCGUACGGGCGGGAUGCUCUUGGUAGCUUGCCGGGCUCUCUUCUGAAGGUAUAUCUUUAAAUGUGUGUGCAAGUGAAUUUUUUUCCACAAGUAUGAUUUCUGUAUCAUACCUGUGCAGUUUUACACACACCUUUUCGUUUCUGAGCCCUUCUCUGUGAUGGAAUGAGACUCCUUGACUCCCAUAAAGGACAUGGGUCAGACAGUGCUUCUGUGAUGACCAGCCAGGACACUGCCCAGCUGGUGCUUCUGCAGUGACCAGCUCUCCUGGCCUGUGCGGCCCACAGAAGCCAGGACUGGUUGUUUCUUGUUUUUGUGUUUUGUUUUUGAGUCACACCUGGCAAUGCUCAGGGGUCACUCCUGGCUCUGCUCUCAGGAAUUACUCCUGGCGGUGCUCCGGAGACCCUAUGGGAAGCUGGGAAUUGAACCCGGGUCAGCUGCGUACAAGCAAAUGCCCUCCCCGCUGGACUAUCGCCCCAGCCCCUGUGUUUGUGGUUUUUUGUUUUUUUUUUUCUUUUUGGGCCACACCCAGCAAUGCUCAGGGGUUACUCCUAGCUCUGCACUCAGGAAUUACUCCUGGCAGUGCUUGGGGGACCAUAUGGGAUGCCGGGGAUCGAACCCGGGUCUGCCGCGUGCAAGGCAAACGCCCUACCCGCUGUGUUAUCGCUCCGGCCCCCUGUGUUUGUGUUUUUAACCGCCCUGUAAUGACAUUUGAGAAACAGGGACAAGAUGGUGACUUUCUUCAUAACGGUAAAUUUAGGAGAAUUCUGAUCACGCUGUGCUCCGGCAUACAUUUCUGAAGCUGAGACGGACUCGCCUCUCUGGGCAGCCAGGGGCAGCGCUGAGGCCACCCCGUGGCCGGGCCGCGGCAGCUGUCGGCCUGUGACUGUCUCUCUUUCACUAAGUCUCUCGGUGCUAAUUUUUGCAUAUAUUAUUUUUGCCUUUUUUUUUAUAUGUUACUGUUUUUUACAUCUUUUUACUCUGAGUAUUCUUUGGUACGCUAUCUGAAUGCCCCUUGUUAUAAUAAGGGAAAUAACAUCUAGUUUUAUUGGAGGCUUUUAGUAGGAAUUGGUAUCUUUUUUUUUGUAGACGCAUAUUUUUUUUUGUAGACUCAUAUUUUUCUAUUUUAGAUCGCUUUAGAGUAGGAAUGUUACUCAUAUUAAUGAUCUCCAUGAAGUAAGGCCUCCCUAAACCCCGGUAAAUGUUACCCGAUAAUCUGCUCUUUCAAUGCAGUUUUUAAAAACUCCCUGGUAUUAAGCAUAUGCAUCUAAAAAUUUAUAAAUAAAACAUUCCUAUUUUACGUGUAUAUGUAAUAAUUUUCUGCUUGAAGUACAAGUGUUGUUCUGAGUACUGUUACUGAAUGAGCAUCAUCUGACUACUCUGUGGUGGGUCUUCCCUCCUCCAGCCCCCUCCCCAGCCUCAUGAGGCAAGUUUCCUCAGUGCCUGAGGUGCACAGGGUGAUGACUUGACACAGGGGGAUGCCGUGAAAUGAUGCCCCCCACACU